UGCUUGGAUCGACAUGUCGAAAAGUCUCCAAACAGAGUGGCUUUGAUUUGGGAGAGAGAUGAGCCCGGCACUGCAGUGCAUGUCACGUACAGGUUGCAUGGUCCCAUGACAAUGUUGCUUCUCUACCACAGGGAACUUCUGGAUCUGACUUGCCGUCUUGCCAACACCCUGAAGAAAUAUGGGAUACAGAAGGGGGACAGAGUGGCCAUCUAUAUGUCUGUGUCUCCCUUGUCUGUGGCAGCCAUGCUGGCUUGUGCCAGGAUUGGUGCUGUUCACACUGUGGUCUUCGCUGGAUUCAGCGCAGAGUCCUUAGCUGGGAGGAUCAUGGACUCUGGAUGCAAAGCAGUUAUCACCUACAACCAGGGAGUCAGGGGAGGCCGAACCACAGAGCUGAAGACAACUGUGGAUGAAGCUGUGAAAAACUGUCCAAGCAUCAAACAUGUCUUUGUGGCUCAGAGGACAGAUAACAAAGUCCAGAUGUGUGACCAUGAUAUUCCCCUUGAGAAGGAGAUGGCCAAGGCAGCUUCUGUAUGCCCUCCAGAGAUCAUGGACAGCGAAGACAUGCUUUUCAUGCUGUAUACCUCGGGCAGCACUGGGAAACCCAAAGGAAUUGUUCACACCCAGGCUGGAUACCUGCUGUAUGCUGCUCUCACGCACAAGUACGUAUUUGACUACCAACAAGGCGAUGUUUUUGGCUGUGUGGCUGACAUUGGCUGGAUCACAGGACAUAGCUAUGUUGUGUAUGGACCACUCUGCAAUGGAGCCACCUCUGUCCUGUUUGAAAGCACUCCAGUAUACCCUGACCCAGGUCGUUACUGGGAAGUGGUACAAAGGUUGAAAAUUAAUCAGUUUUAUGGAGCACCUACAGCUAUACGCUUGCUGCUGAAUUAUGGAGAAGAGUGGGUGAAAAAGUACGACAGAUCUUCCUUGAAGACCUUGGGAUCAGUGGGAGAGCCCAUCAACAACGAAGCGUGGCAAUGGUUCUACCAUGUGGUGGGAGAAGGGCGCUGCACCCUUGUGGACACAUGGUGGCAGACAGAAACUGGUGGCAUCUGCAUUGCCCCACGGCCUUCAGAGAAGAAAGCUGAGAUUGUUCCGGCUAUGGCUAUGAGACCUUUCUUUGGGAUUGUGCCCGUGCUGAUGGAUGAGAAUGGAAAGGUUAUAGAGGGCAACGAUGUGUCCGGUGCACUCUGCAUUGCCCAACCAUGGCCUGGCAUGGCAAGAACAAUCUAUGGAGACCAGCAGCGAUUUGUUGAUGCCUAUUUCAAAGCCUACCCAGGUUACUACUUCACAGGGGAUGGUGCUUACAGGAACAAGAAAGGCUAUUACCAGAUAACGGGGCGUAUGGAUGAUGUCAUUAACAUCAGCGGACACAGACUGGGCACAGCAGAGAUAGAAGAUGCAAUGGCUGAUCACCCCGAGGUGCCUGAGACAGCUGUGACUGGGUAUCCGCACAAGAUUAAAGGAGAAGGUGCCUUUGCUUUCAUAGUACUAAAGGAGCAGACAGCUCAUAUAGACCGUGUCAAAGAAGAGCUCAAAACCAUAGUGGCUUCCAAGAUAGCAAAAUAUGCUGUGCCUGACCACAUUCUGGUGGUGAAACGUCUUCCUAAAACUCGAUCAGGGAAGAUCAUGAGAAGGCUGCUGAGGAAAGUAGUCACUGAACAAUCAAGUAACAUGGGAGAUGUCACCACACUUGAUGAUCCAAGUGUUGUCAAGGAGAUACUGGAUGCUUACCAGAAGUACAAGGAGAAAAGUUCCUUAUAACAGGCAGCUCUGGAAUCUCUCUGUAAAUAUGGGAAGUCUCAGAUAACCAGGCAGACAACAUAAUUCUCUCUUGGUGUUUUUUUAAAGACUGUGUUCCUUUCUAGGGAGACAAGAUUUUCCACUCAACAGUGUAUUUUGAGAUGCCCAGAGCUAGGAGCAAUCUGCACCUUUGCAGUCAGUGAGCUCCUUUUCAUUGCUUUUAGGGCUGUUUUAGAGCAGCUGUUGGUGGUUUUCAUUAGCUAUGAUGAAACUUAAUACUAGCUGAAACAAGAUUCAGUUAUUAAUGUUUCUUAUUUUAAUGUUACUGUACAGGGAAAUGUUUUUAUACGAUACUUAUGCUGGAUUAAAAGAAGCCCUGGAAUAUACUUCAAUUUCUUCUUUGGUUUGGAUAUCUGAGUAUUUUACUGCAACUGCGGCGCCUUUUCAGCAAUGCUGGGUAGAAUACCCGGUAGACGUUUCACAUAUGUUAUUGGGAAAUGAGAAAGAUACGGCUAGUCCGGUAAUUCUUCUGUUUACCCAGUUGUUCUCAUACAUCCUUUGGCUUGCCUCGUAAGGAUUUGUUCCUACUACUGUAAGUCCUAGGACUUAGCAGAGAUGGUGAGCCUGUGUCCCUUCAUGUCCCACCUAGGCAACCCAGUGCUGGCACUUCAACUGCAAAACUAAGCCACAGAGCCUACUGCUGGACUUCCUAUAUGUCCUCAGUGCAUUGCCAGUUGCGUAGGAGGGGUCUGGUCUCACAGGCUUUUAUUCUGCCUGGAGAAACUGAGAUCACCAACUAAGCUUUUAAUGUAACUGUCCUCUUCCUCACUGAUGAUGACAACUGGAUCAAUGUUGUCCAUUGUGGUUCACUUCUGUGUAUUAGGAGUGGUGGUCUCCAACUGGUAGAUUUUUGUUGCCAGUUGGUGAUUUAUGUAGGUGUCUUGGUUUCUUGAAGUUGCUAUGAAAAGGGAUGAUGUAUGCUUGCUGUCUGUCAGAGAAGCAUUGGGAAACAAAAUCCAGAAGAGGUCUGCAGCUGACAGAGAUGUGCUGGAGUGUUUGUUAUGACUUGCCAGGCUGUGUGACUUCUGAUCAAGGAGCGCUUAUUUCAGCCCACUCCCAAAUGGCCUGUAAUCUUGUUUGCGCCAAUAAAGACAGGCACCCAGUUUGGAGGUAGGUUGUUUCUCCCUUCAGAAGUUAUGACUUAACACUUACCGUUUCAAGUUGGGCCCUACCACGUGUGCCCCUUCUGUGUGCUGCUGUGCUGAUUUUCCAGAGUUAAGUGCCAGGUGGGUACCCGCAAAUUGCACAAUCCACAAAGAAGGACGAAGUGCCUCUUAGAUGCCUUCUGGAAAGUGAUGGUAGCAUUCCAGACCAGCAACCUCGAAAUAGCAGGGAACAAUAGCCUUCAUAGCUUUCAGAAUUGCAACUAAUAUACUCAGUGUUUUACUUCUGGACUUAUUUUAUCAUGAACACAUUUUGAUUGAAACAGUCCUUGUAUUUGGGCUGUUCAGAAGAAUUUGCUACUAGGUCUCCUGUCCUCUACUGUGACACUGAAGGUCAUGGAAAAGCCUCUAGGUGCCAAAUGCCUUCUGCCACUGCUAAAUUUGUUUUCAGUUGACUGAGGUGUUCAGAGUGGCUGGAGGGGCCACAGAGCGUGCCAGGAAAGCAAGGUAGAGGACUCCUCCCCUCUACCUGGGUGCAGAGACUCAAGGCAUAAACUAGAGUGGUGUUCACAGUCCUGAUCCUGGGAGUGUGUGCCACAAGGGCUCAGGUAGAGCUGCUCCAUCUUAACCUGCCUAAGCUGAGUGACUGCUAACCACCGUUCUACAGCUGUAGCCGGGGUCACUCCAUCAAGCCUUGCAGUCCUGCCUCUGUCUUUCUCAGAUGACAGUCUGCUUAGUUUCACAGAGCUAUAUAUUUUGGCCUAUCAAACCCCUGAGUAAUUGACAGAAUUUCCAAACUUUGCCCUAGUUUUACAGGCGUGACUUACUGGUGAAUUUAACUGGAACAGCACUGCCUUCUCCAGUGGAACUGUGCACUGGAAAGACAAUCUGUCCACCUAAAUGGAGGCAGGAAAGGCAGGAAGGAAAUGGCUAGGUGACCCUGUAGGACUGGGAGAGGAGUGGUGAGUUUUUUGGCUAGCAGAGAUUUUGGUGCCAAAUGGGGAAGCAGACUGCUUGCAGUAUGAUUUGUUCUCAAAUGCUAGCUGCAUUUUUUGUUUUGGGUUUAAUUUAUUUUAAAUGUCUCUAGGGACUGGGUAGUAGGGAAUUAGGGAAUAUCAUGGGAAAUGUUGAUGAAAUGAAAUUUCAUCUCUACGAAAAAUGAAAAUUCAACUCUAGAGAAUAUCAUGAUUUGUUAAAAUUUCCAUCCUUUCUGACUGCAAUCCAUUUUUGCUUAAGGUAAGUAGACACCCUAUGGACAUUGUGGGAAGCUGAAGAUCAGAAAAUUACAUGGAGUUCACAGGAUGCUAGUAUUUUAGGAGACAGCCAGUACGUAUAUCCUUUAUUGUCAUUGCAAAAAAAACCCCCAAACUUCCUUAAGUGAUUUUCAGGUGAGAAGGAGCCAGGAGUUAAUGCUUUUUACAGGAUAAGUAGACUGCCUUGUUUAAACAAGUUGUCUCCACACAAUCUGAAAUACAAUGUGGAGGAAGAAAAAUUACUUUUGAACAAGAUUACACACUUUCGUUUUACUCAAGAAAGCAUUUCCUCUAUUAUGGUUACAGAAUUUCCUUGUCCUGACCUGAAAUUUCCAUGCUAAGGUGUAACCCAGUGAUCACAGACACAUGGUAUAAUUCAUCUGAAGUGUCUCAUGAAGACUAACUGUGUGAGGAGCAGUGCGCUUUGGUGCAUUGAGACAUUCAUCAUACAAUUCCUCUGCUCAGGGAAAUGGGAGAUAGGGUGUGUUCCCUCACCUGUAUCCCUGUUGGCUCUGCUUGCAUGGCUUAGGACCACGACUGCCAGGGAGGUUACAGACUAAUCAGGUAGCUGCAGCACCCCAGUAAAUUCACAGCCAUGCCAGCCAUGGUAUGGACAGACUGUAAUUACAAACAAACCUCAUAAUGUGAACUUCUGAAGCCUUAUGAGCACCUUUGCUAAAAUGACAUCACCAGCAUGUGCAAGCUUAGAGUGCCACAUGCCUGCCAUCUGGUACCACAAUGGCAGCUUUCUUCUUUGUGCAUUUCCACAGCUGAGCUGUGGUCCCUGGGAUGUCCACUUGCUCAGAGGGCCCCACGGGGUUUUCAAAGAGAGCACGUGGUGCUGUUGUGCUUCCCAUGUGGUUUUCUGUACUGGACACAGCUCCUGCUGGGCAGCCUCAUCCCCCACCUCAUCUGGUAAAACUGCACUUCUGCAAGUAUACCAGCAUUAGCUCUUGGAGCUAAACCCUGUGCUCCAUUCAUCUAAUAGCACCCUGAGGCUGGUAGAAACAACUAGGCAGGCCUUGGAACUGGUACUUCUUAGAAAAAGGAGAAUAUUGUGCUUCACUGGUUAGGCUACUCAUAGAAAGCCUUGCUUCUAUGGAAAAUGAAAUCCCCCUUUCUUCUUUUUCCCCAUCAUCUCUGCUAACUGCAGCAGUUACAAGCCUGAGUCAAGCUUUGCAUUUUCAUUAUUGCCUGGAUGUCAUGAACAUCAGCAUUGGUGUGUGGUGACAGUGCUUUUCUGCUUCACAGGCAGUAAUCUCACCCCACCCGAGGCUUGUGGUUCAGGAAGGGGUUCAGUCUGCAAAACCGGCACUGAUGUCCUCAGUUCUUGAAAUACUGGGAAGGAAGUAGCUUGCAAAAGACCGUGGGCCUCCAAUCUUAAGAGCCGAUCUUCACUGUAGGAUCAUUGUAGGAGGUAAUGAUAAAUGGAAUACUUUACAGUAAGAUUGUGGGACAAACAGGGGUAAUUGCUUCCUUUAGAAAAGCAAAACUUUUAAAUUCUUCUAAACCUUUUUGUGUCCAUGACUAAGGUGUGGGUUAUUUGCCAGACUGCCUUUGUAGCUUCAUUAAGAGAUCUAGAGUCAAUUCUACCUGUUGCAGCUUUUUACAGAGGGCAGAUGUGCUUGCUUUUUUUUUCUUCCCACUUGCUUUUGCUAGUGAGACCCAAUCAUGGUGCCUUUCCCCCCACUGGAGACACAGACCAUGAUUUUCUUGAUUUUAGAAAGGGAAAUUGUGUCUUCCUAGAGAUGAAGUGUGUGUUGUACAGUCUAAUGGUAAGCCUUUAAUUUCAUUCUGUUUUCUUAUAAUCAUGCUUUAAACAUUUAUUGUCCUUGACCAAAACCAGUUUCUUCAAUGAUCUCUGUAUUCAUAUUUUCAUUAAAGGAAAU